AUGGCCACCAAUGAACACAAUGAGGCCAACAACCCGUACGCGACGCUCGCGAUGACGGGCAACGACACCAUUCAAAGACAUUAUCAGACAUUGUUUCGCAAAUACGAGACACUAAAGGAUGAUCACGAGUCACUGCGGAAGCGCUACUCGGAUCUCGUGGGCUCUCACGGCGACUACGUAUCGAAGCUCGAGUCGGCUCAGGAGGAGAGCUACAGGAACCGGAAGAGCUUCGAGGAGAGCAUUCAAGAGCGCAAUCUUGCCAUCAUUGAGAGGAAUGGUCUGAAGCAACAGUGCACUCAAGCCAUCAGACAAUGGGAUAAAGCUCUUCGCGAGAUCAACGAACUGAAGGAACAGCUGAGCAAAGUUCAGCACCAGAGGGAUGAGGCGCUCAAAGAGAUCAAUCACGCGAUGUCUUUGCGCAUCAAAGCGGCCAAAGACAUGACACGACUGACCGAAGAGCGCAACGCCGCCCAUCAGGAGUACUCAUUGAUUAUGUCUGAAAGGGAUUCCGUCCACAAAGAGAUCGAAAAACUACAGGAAGAACAGCAAACACUGCUUCGGAAGACCAAACAACUCGAGGCCGAGAAGAAGACGUCCGUCGAAGAGAUCGAGAGUCUGAAGCGAGAGAUCUCGUCGGCGCUGUUCGACAGGGAUCGGGUGCUGAAGGCCUGCAACGACUUGCGCGAGAAGUACGGCGAUUACGUGACCGGCAUUCACGACGACGUCCACAGCCCGCGAUCACCGCACGCGCGCUCCGGAGGGCACAACUUCUGGGGCUCGUCGUCGUCGGGUGUCUCCACUUCGUGGGCUCAGGCGAUGUCGAGGAACACAAACCUCGUGCUGUCGGCCGCGUCCAGCAAUAGCUCGAUGUCCACAUUCAGUCACCCGCAGACCAAACAGUGCAGUACCACAAGACUGGAUAACAUAGAUCAGGCCAACUCCGAGAUCGAGUCCCUUCGCAAACAAGUGGAGCGCUUGCAGACAGAUCUCGCAGAAGCCCAACAGGAGGUCGAGGUCUGUAAGCGGCGACGCGAUUGGGCUUUCAAUGAAAGGGACAAAAUAGUGCUCGAGAGGGAAAGUAUCAGAACUCUUUGCGAUAAAUUGCGACGAGAGAGGGAUCGAGCGGUCAGUGAUUUAGCGGAAGCGCUGCGAGAGUCGGACGAUAUUAAGCGCCAGAAGAAUGAGGCGACAAAAGAGUUGAAGGAAUUGAAGGAGAAGUUUGAGGGCAUAAAACUGGAAAGGGAUCCGCGGCCUAAGUCUCACAACAAUUCCCAAUUGGGAACCAAUAAUAGCAGCCGUGACUCAGCCAUCGAAGCGGACCUUCAGGAGUACGAAAUGGAGACAAUGACUGUCUCAUUGAAACGAGAGCUUAAGUCCAACGAAUGGGGUUUCACUAUCAGAUCCGACGAUAAGACUGUUUGUGUGGAUAAAGUGAUGAAAGAUAGUGUCGCCGACGGAAAACUCGUGGCCAAUGAUAUUCUACUGAAACUAAACGAAACUUCGAUUAAUAACGACCUGAAAGUGGCCACAGAUUUGCUUAAGAAGAAUGAUUUGCAGCUUAUUUUAUCGGUUCAAAGAAAACGUGUGACACGUUUUGUACAAAAUGUGACAAUCAGUGUCGAGAAGGGCCAGGAGUUGGGCCUCGAGAUAGAGAGUGGUUAUUACGUGAGUCGUAUUAACGCCGGAUCUGUUGCGGCAAAAGAGGGUAAUAUAGCGGUCGGAGAUCGGGUCAUAUCGAUCAACGAUAAGACAUACGACGAGAAGACCGUCUAUGAAGUGAUGCAAAUCCUGGAGUCUAUGCCUAACAUUGUUUUGCAAAUAAUGAAAAACAAUUCCAAUGUGUGCUCGCAAUCCAAUAGCAACUCAUCCAUUGUUAACGCUUCCAAAGGCAGCUCAGAGUCGACGGACUCGAAGCCUAACCAUCGAGAAAGACAACGAAAAAUGGUGUCGACGCAAACCGACAACUUCUUAGCUCAACAAAACACACCCAAACCUCCCGUGCCUUCCGUUUAUCAACCAAUCAAUAGUCGAACCAAUGAAGAGACGAAUCCAUUGGUUAGUUCUGCUAACAAGAGUGCGAUGUCUUCGUUCGCCAAUUCAUAUACGUCUUCGUCGGUGACGGCGCACGACGUGAAGCCCACGUCUCCGCCGGCGCCGACACUUCUGGACAAAGCGUAUAAUAAGAUAUACGGCGAACGCAAACUCCAAAACUCGAAAACAAAACAAAUUCAUGGCUUUUGCGAAGACGAGACCAAGACUUUGGCCGAAUUGGACAAAGUGUUGGACAAAUACUCGAACGGCAAGACAUACGAGAAGAAUACAAAAUAUGUAAAAUCUGGUAAAAGUUCAAAGAAGGAGAAGAAUGGGGGAAAUGGGGGCACUUGGCCUAAGUAUAGGGGCCAUCCGCCCGUCCCUAAUGCACAAAAUUAUGGUAACGUUAACGCAGUCAUGACUUUACAUCCUAUUAAACGCAAAGAACGCAAAUCCUUAGGUAUUUUCACCAAUAUUUUCACCAAAUCAGAGAAAUCGCCCCCAGAAUCGAAAGCUAUGGCACAACAGCCGCCGACAAAGUCUGCAGAAGACAAUCAGUGUUUGAGUAAUAGUAUUAAAGAUGAAGGGAUGACACCAUCGAGUUUCCUCAUCUUCGAGCCCGCGUCUGAGGCACACCUCAAGGACUACGAGCGCAACACUAAACGCAACUCCACUCACUCUUCCCGUCCAUCGACUCUCCAAUCGAUAGGCAAUCAAAAGCCAAUAUAUUUACCGAACGGACAAUCGUUUAACGGCAACAAAAUGGAAACACUGGAUCUCAAGAUCUAUCAUCCGCUCAAAACAAUUGCAAACUCAGCGCUCGACUACUCUGUAGUGUCGGCGCAAUCGAAAGACAAGAAUGUUUUGGAUUAUUACAAACACCGGACGAAUGCUAAGCAAUUGAGACCGCAUUCAGUGCAUGACGUGCUCACAGAUGUCACACAACCGGUCACUUCCAACACAUUAGCCAUGACUGCCGACCAUUCGUCGUACGACUCAUUUCAAGCGCCGACCGCCUCAUCGCCGCCCCCGAACUCGGCGCCCAUCCCUCCCAUCAGAAACCCCACAUCCUAUGCAUACUAUGCGCUCAACAACAUAUCGCACCCGCCGUCAGCCCUUCACAUUCAUCACAACCAUUACUCUGCGACCCAACCGUUGACGCGUGGCGUCGCUCAGCCCUCUGUGCGCCACUCGACGAGCCCUCAGAGUCUCAUCUCUCCCUUCAUCUCCCGGAGCGGCGACUCAUUGUUGAGCGGCAAUGAUAGCCAAAUGCAUUCGCAUGACUUAUCCCACUCCAGAUCUGUGAGCGCAUACCAGGGAGGGGUCCGGCCCUACACUGUCAAAGACAAUCUGGUCAAUCGAUAUAGUAUUACACCCUCGCCGUCGCCCUCACAGUACAGCAGCGGCCUGUUUGGCGGGCCGUCGCCCUCCCAUAGUAUGGACAUCAUAACGCCUGUGCCCUCCGGCGCGCACUUUCUUCACAGCAUAAAUCAGACAAAACGAAUGGUCGCUCCACAGCACACACAUCAAAGCCAUUUACACCACUCGAGUAUUAACAACACCGGCGUCUAUAGAAGCGAUGACAACAAUCUGGGUCUUCCCUCCUUCGAUGGUUUGUCCACAUUUCCCAAACGCAACCAACGCUUCCGAAUCCCAUCCAAUCAAAGCGUCACCUCUAAGUCGUCGACCGGUAAACUGUCGACCAGUUCCAUAGACAAGGCCUCGUCGUCCAUACUGUCAGACCGGGGAAGUCCUAUGCCCUGUGCCUAUCACAUCGAUUGGGUCACUCCUCUCAAUGGCUCAUCCAAUGGCGUCCAUCGCAUUGCAAAACCCGGCGAUGUCAGAAACAUUUCAAUCGAGAGGAGUUCCGCGCCAUCGAUGGGCAUAAACAUCGCUCCGUCGGCGACGGGCGGUGUAUUCGUAUGCCAUGUAAACGAAAACAGUUUGGCGGCUCAGGCGGGCCUCUUAGUGGGCGACCAAUUGCUAGAGAUCUGUGGCAUUAAUAUGCGAAACGCGACCUAUAAGUUGGCGGCCAAUGUGUUGAGACAGUGCGGGAACAACAUCUUAAUGAUGGUUCAGUACAAUCCCGACAAAUACGAUGAGGACAACGACUCGGACGACGUCGACGCUGACGAAGACGACGACAUGGAGGACGAGGACGCCGACGACACGGCCGCCAACGACUCGACGUCCACCUCCACUCCUCAGUCGUCACCCAUGGAUAGCAAACCGCUGUUAGUUCGGGCCAACACUGCCAGCGCUGCCAUCGAUGCAAACAUUCCGAGCUCUACUAAUUCAACGCUCACCCGAUCGAAGGCCGCCUCCAGAAGUGCCUCAAACGCCAGUCGAAACACCGAAAAAACUUUGACCGACUAUUCUAUACGAGAGAGACAGUCGUCGUUCAAACAGUCGUCCAAUGUUUGCGAUCCCAGACGUAUUGUUGUGAAGAAACCAUCGAAUCUGGGCAUCAGUUUGUUUGGCGGCAAUGCUGUCGGCAUUUUCAUCCAUUCUGUUCGCGACGAUUCACUCGCCAGCGGUUCCAAUGGCUUAAAACCCGGCGAUCAGAUAUUAGAGUAUAAUGGCGUCGAUUUACGAAACGCAACGGCCGAAGAAGCGGCCAUCGAGUUGGCCAAACCCGCCGAAACGAUUACACUCGUCGCCCAAUACAAUAUGGAGAGGUUCAAAGAGAUUCAGGAUCAGCACACGGGUGACUCAUUCUUCAUCAGAGCCGCAUUUGACAGGCCGUCAGUCGACGGUUCGCUCGCUUUCCGAAAGGAAGAAAUCCUGUUUGUGGACAACACUAUGUUUAAUGGAGUGCCGGGUCUGUGGAGGGCGUGGCUCGUCGACCAAGAGGGACAGAAAGUGAAGUGCGGAGUCAUUCCCAGCAAAUACAAAGUGGAAGAAGAGCUCCUAAUGAAGCGAUCUCUGACCGACAGCACCGGCGAAAGCGGCUCUCGAGGCGCGACGUCUGCCCGAAGGAGUUUCUUCCGGCGACGCAAAAGUAAUCACCAAAGAAGCAGUUCCCGUGAGAGCACCAGAGAGUUGGCCAGCUUUUCGGACGUGUCUAUCAAUAGUUUCAGCGAAUCGGGCGCUAUAACUGCCGAAACCGACUACAACUGUCAACUCCUGCCCACGACUUACGUACGCGUCGAGAGACUCAGCUAUAAGACCACCCGUCCUGUGAUAGUGAUCGGUCCCCUCCAAGAGGUUCUGUCCAUUAAACUCGAACAAGACUUCCAGACAACGUUCAAACGAUGCGUACCGGAGAUCAUGAAGGGUUCGCAGCAAAUGAUGGAGCGAUGGCUUCAGGACCUGAAGUUAGUCGACUACAGACGCGAUUACAGGGGCUCUCAGGGCUCGCACUUUGAGUGCAUUACAGUUGCGGCCGUCAAAGAAAUAUGUGAUAAGAAUCUUCACGCACUGCUGGAAGUGAGUCCCACAUCAGUGGAGCGACUCAUCAAAUGUCAAAUAUAUCCGGUUGUCGUGUAUUUGAAAUUCAAAUCAACGAAACAAAUAAAAGAGAUCAAAGACCAUCGCUAUCCCAAUGAGAAGUUGACUACAAAGGCAGCCAAAGAGAUGUUUGAACACUCUCUCAAAAUUGAAAGCCAAUACAAACAUCUGAUUAAUGUGGUGAUCCCGGGCUCUAACCUCUCCUAUAUGUGCACUCAAGUGAAGACAUGUGUAGAAGAAGAACAAAACAAAGCCCUUUGGAUCUAA